AUGUGGGAGCAAUCAAUUUCUUCUGUAACUAUGAGGAGAGCAGAGGAAACUACCUGGUGGACGUGGACGGAAACCGCAUGCUGGACGUCUACACACAGAUCUCCUCUAUUCCUAUUGGAUACAACCAUCCCUCACUCAUUAAAGUGAUGUCCAACCCCAACAAUAUGAGUGCGUUUGUGAACAGGCCAGCUCUUGGUAUCAUGCCACCCGAGAACUUUCCGGAAAAGCUGGCGGAAAGCCUUCUCUCAGUUGCUCCUAGUGGUAUGAGUCGUGUUCAGACCAUGGCCUGUGGAUCCUGCUCAAAUGAGAAUGCAUAUAAAGCCAUGUUCAUCUGGUACAGAAAUAAGGAGAGAGGCCACAACAUCCCCUCUGAUGAAGACGUGAGCUCCUGUAUGAUCAACCAGAGCCCUGGCUGUCCAGAUGUCAGCAUCCUGUCAUUUAUGGGUGGAUUUCAUGGCAGAACAAUGGGUUGCUUGGCAACGACGCACUCUAAGGCCAUCCACAAGCUGGAUGUGCCGUCAUUUGAUUGGCCGAUCGCUCCCUUCCCUAAACUGAAGUAUCCUCUGGAGGAGUUCACACGGGAGAACGCACAGGAAGAGGCCCGCUGCCUGGAGGAGGUAGAGGACCUGAUAGUCCAGUGGCGUCAGAAGGGCCGGCCGGUGGCUGGGAUAGUGAUUGAACCCAUCCAGGCUGAGGGAGGAGACAACCACGCAACACCAGACUUCUUCAAGAAGCUACGGAACAUCGCACGCAAGCAUGGCAGUGCGUUCCAUGUGGAUGAGGUGCAGACAGGUGGAGGAGCUACCGGGAAGUUCUGGGCUCAUGAACACUGGGGGAUGGACGACCCUGCUGACAUCGUCUCCUUCAGCAAGAAGAUGCUCACUGGAGGUUUCUACCAUAAAGACGAGCUGCAGGCAGACAAGGCCUACCGUAUCUUUAACACGUGGAUGGGUGACCCGUCUAAGAACCUGUUCCUGGCUGAGGUUCUGAACGUGAUCCGCCGAGAGAACCUUCUGGAGGAGGUGACCCGCUCUGGGAAGACUCUGCUACAGGGACUCUACCAACUACAGGACCAGUACCCUAACCUGUUGAGCAGUGCUCGGGGACAGGGGACAUUCUGUGCCAUCGACAUCCGUGAUGACGCCACACGCAACAGCAUCAUCCUCAGAGCCCGGGACAAGGGUGUUCUGCUGGGUGGCUGUGGAGAUCGGUCCAUCCGGUUCCGUCCUGCUCUGGUGUUUAAAGAGUACCAUGUUCACAUGUUCCUGAACGUGUUCAGCGACGUCCUGGCAGAACACAACUAGAACCCUGCCCCGGUCCCGUCCAUACUGGACUGGGCCAAACCAACAUAGGCGAAGACCAACUGGGGAUGCGGUGUAGGGGAGAGGAAGCACAAGAGUCUUAACCUAUAACAGAGGUUCACACAGUAACGCGUACACUUAAAGGGAUGCUACGGGAUUUUGGCAAUGAAGCCCUUUUUCUCCUUCCCCAGAGUCAGAUGAUACUCGUGGAUACCAUUUUUAUGUAUCUGUGUGCUGUUCGAAGGAAGUUGCUAACUAGCGCUAGCGCAAUUGCUAACUAGCAUUAGCACAAUGACUGGAAACAUUGGCUCGUGAAACUACCUCUAACUUCCUUCAACCUGGAGACACAGAGACAUAAAAAUGGUAUCUAUGAGUUCAUCUGACUCUGGGGAAGUGGAUAAAGGGCCUCACUGCCACAAUCCCGAAGUCUCCCUUUAACACAUACUCAAACACACACCAUACACACACACUUGAAUAUGUCCCAUUGCUAAUGUGGCAGUCCUAGCAUUCCUCAUGUCACAGUAAUGUCCUAAUGAUACGCCUGCAAAAGGCACAAGCACAAAACAUAGUCUUAUUUUGGUCAUAUCACACAAACCCUCCAACUCCCUAACAGAUGAAGGCACAGCCAGAUGUUUUAGAACAAACACACCUGACAGGAGUGGUUAGCAGCAAGCUAACCUAAACGAGGUUGUAAUGAUACAAAAUGGCCGCCGCACGCCGACCCUUUAGCCCUGACCUUGAGAUGAUGUCCUAGUUUGGGUUCUGUGGGGUCCUCUGAGUGUCCUAGCUCUUUUUAACAGAACAAUUAUGUUUCCUUUUGACUUGGGUUCUCAACCCCAGACGUUGGGAUUUUGUGAAGGAGAAUAUUAUAUUAGAUGAUGUAGUGUUUCUGCAUGUUGUUGUUCCUGAACUUCCUUUGGGUUGAAGGAAUGGAGAACUGGGUUCCAGACUCACUGUACGUCAGGGCUAACAGUCUAUUUUAAACCCCCACUUAUUAACACAUAACCAUACUUACCUACAGAUAUACCCAUGUUUAAAAUUGAAGGCAGGUUUUUGCAGUCAGGACCGCUAAAUAAAAAGCUGUAUUAUAUUUGUUGACUUGUCUGGGACGUAGUCCUAUUAGAGUGCAUCUUGCCAUAUUCAUCUGGUUUCCUCGUGAAACAACCGGACUCCUUAUUGAUGUACAGCACAAGGUGUCUACGUUGUUCUCAAUGCCUGUAGUUGUAGUUGUUUUAAACGUUGUGGACAGGUUGAAAUAGCGGCAGUAACACCAAGGAGACGGCUUCAGCAUUAACCACUGUAGAAGCUUUAUAAUAUGGCCAUGACGAUGGUGAUGACGAUUACAGUGAUGAUGAUACCUGUCUUGUUAACCAGCCCAAUCAGUAUUGUAUAGAGAGCUGAUUUCCUGUUAACCCUUAACAAUAGUAGAAGCAUUGCUAUGUUUGUUUACAUUGUUCUGUGAGGUUAAAGGUUAUUGCAGAUCUCUAAUUAUUGUUGUCUAUGAAGCAUCCUCUAUGUAUCCUAAAAUAAAACCAGAAUCACAUUGUAAUGAA